CUGCUAACCACAACUCAGCGCGUACCAAAAGUUAAUUCUACUGUUUACCUUAUUGAUGAGAAAACAAUCUCAACCCGAAAUCAAUCCCACCACUCAGCAGUGUAAAGUCCCAAUUUCAACCUGCCACUAACGAAUUCUUCGGAUUCUUGCAGCAAUCUUGAAAUCGUAAACUACCUGCAAUCUCAAUGGAGUUUUGAUCAACUUCGGGAUCGCACAGAAUUAAAUCUGUCCGUUCUCUAUUUUUGCAACCGCGGUCAACUGUUCUGGGUUUUGAUCAUCUCAGUCAUUCAGUCAACUUUUCUUCUUCAUUCACCAUCCCACUAUUGCCCCUCGUUUUCUUCUGGGCGUUACCCCCCGAUAACCAACUGUCAACGGAUAACUGCUGCCCACCGCCCAAGGGCCAACACCAAGUAAAUAGCAACCAAGUCCAACUUUAUUGUUGCAUCUGAAGUUUCCAAUAACCACACAACAAACUCGCCAACCCCAUUCCCUUUCUUACGCUCCUUCAGCCAAAUUCUAUAGUGGUAGAAUUCAGUCAAGAUGGAGAAUUAUCAGAAGCUGGAGAAGAUUGGUGAAGGUACUUAUGGUGUCGUCUACAAAGCCCGAGAUCUAGCCCACGGUGGCCGUAUCGUCGCAUUGAAGAAGAUCCGUCUUGAGUCGGAAGAUGAAGGGGUCCCUAGCACUGCCAUCCGCGAGAUCUCUCUUCUCAAGGAGAUGCGCGAUCCCAAUAUCGUCAGACUCUUCAACAUUGUUCACGCGGAAGGCCACAAGCUCUACUUGGUAUUCGAGUUCCUUGAUCUCGACUUGAAGAAAUACAUGGAAGCACUUCCUAUCAGCGAUGGUGGUCGCGGCAAGGCUCUUCCGGAGGGUUCUGGCCCCGAGCUGGGACGUCUUGGACUAGGUACGAGUAUGGUUCGUCGAUUCAUGAGUCAACUUUGCGAAGGAAUUCGUUAUUGCCACAGCCACAGAAUUCUUCACCGAGAUCUGAAGCCUCAGAACUUGUUGAUCGACCGUGAUGGCAAUCUGAAGCUUGCUGAUUUCGGUUUGGCUCGUGCUUUUGGUGUUCCUCUUCGCACCUACACCCACGAAGUUGUUACUCUCUGGUACCGCGCUCCGGAGAUCUUGCUCGGCGGUCGACAGUACUCCACUGGUGUUGAUAUGUGGUCGGUUGGAUGCAUCUUUGCCGAGAUGUGCACCCGAAAGCCCUUGUUCCCUGGUGACUCAGAGAUCGAUCAGAUCUUCAAGACAUUCCGCCUUCUGGGUACACCGACUGAGGACGUCUGGCCUGGAGUGACAUCUUAUCCUGACUUCAAGGCGUCUUUCCCGAAAUGGGUCCGUGAUCCUUCGCAGAGCCUGUGCUCGAACCUUGACGAGAACGGCCUUGAUCUUCUGGAGGCUCUGCUUGUUUACGAUCCCGCUGGCCGCAUCUCUGCCAAGCAAGCUUGCCACCAUCCUUACUUCAAUGAGUCGACAACGACACGUCACCCGACCCGCUAUGGCAGUAAUGGAUAUGCUUGAGCGAUACCUAUUCAAUCUAAUGGAUAGGGUAUGAUGCGACGUAUCUGAAACUUAGAAUAUGCCUAUUUACAAUGAGCAUCAUUCUUGGCUUUCAGGAUACGCUACCUCAGGUAUUAAUCACGAAUACAAUACUACACAACAUUGUCAAAUGCGUUCCCGAUCAGAAAUCCUUGAUGUACGCCGCGUUUAGAACCGCGUCUCUGGCAGGAGGAAACUCUGACCUUCUCAUUUUUCCAAUGUUUUCACAAGCUAUGCGGCAUGUGAACAAUGGUUUUACGGGGCGUUGGAAGGGGGGACUAGGCAUUUGAGAGGAGUUAGGGGGGAUAGGAAUCACGCAUGAGAACAAUCCCUUUUUCAGAAGGCGAUGAAUGCCAUGGUACGGCAGUCAUUAGAUUGUUUUUGCCGUGGCAGGAUGCCUCAACGUCCUUUUUCCUUUGUCUUUUGCCCGAAGUAGGUAGUUGCUCAGUUACGAGCACUGAUGAUGACGCAUUUGCUUUAUAGGAAAUGAAUCGAUGAAAAACAUUUGCAUUUCUGAUAAAUGGACCUGAUUAUACUGGCUCUCCCUAAGAAUCGUAUCAUAACUAUUAUCUUCGGGCCGUGGUGACUUGGACUAUCAUUAGAAGUGACCUUUCCUAGGUCAGGUACCUACCUAUGAAGAUAGGCAGGAUAGGUUAGUAUCCUGUUAACGAGGGAAUGUAAUAACU